AUGGCUGGUCAGAGUGAUCUCGAUCGUCAAAUAGAACAGUUAAGAGCAUGUAAACUUAUCACUGAAGAUGAAGUUAAAGCUCUCUGCGCCAAAGCUCGGGAAAUCCUCAUAGAAGAAAGUAACGUCCAAUGUGUUGAUUCACCAGUGACUGUUUGUGGUGACAUUCACGGUCAAUUUUACGAUCUGAUAGAGCUUUUCAAGGUUGGCGGAGAUGUUCCAGACACGAAUUACCUUUUCUUGGGUGAUUUCGUCGAUCGCGGUUACCACAGUGUUGAGACUUUCCUGCUACUUCUUGCCCUGAAGGUGAGAUAUCCAGACAGAAUAACACUUAUACGAGGGAAUCAUGAAAGUCGUCAAAUCACUAUGGUGUAUGGAUUUUAUGAAGAAUGCCUUAGGAAGUAUGGUUCAGCAAUGGUCUGGAGGCAGUGUACUGAGAUUUUUGAUUACUUAUGCCUCUCUGCAGUAAUUGAUGGGAGGAUAUUCUGCGUUCAUGGUGGUCUGUCACCUACAAUCACAACUUUAGAUCAGAUUCGUACCAUUGAUAGAAAACAAGAAGUUCCUCAUGAUGGUCCAAUGUGUGAUCUUUUAUGGUCUGAUCCUGAAGAAACAGCCGGUUGGGGUGUUAGUCCUAGAGGUGCUGGUUAUUUAUUUGGCUCAGAUGUUGUAGCCAACUUUAAUCAGUUGAAUCGAAUCGACUUUAUUUGUCGUGCACAUCAAUUAGUUAUGGAAGGUUAUCGUUGGCAUUUUCAUGAAAGUGUACUCACUGUAUGGUCAGCACCAAAUUAUUGUUAUCGUUGUGGAAAUGUUGCUGCUAUUUUACGGUUAAGUGAACGGCUAGAAAAAGAAUUUUCAAUAUUUGAAGCUGCACCACAAGAUGUUCGUAGUAUACCAGCCCGUCGACCAAUUCCGGACUACUUUCUUUGA